AGCCCUCUUUCCUCUCUCUUUUCAGUCUGCGCCGCCCCCCAAACCGUCCCCCCCCCCCCCCCCCGAGAAAACCCUGAACUCCGCUAAAUUCGAGGAAAAUUCCAUGGGCGGCGGCGGCGACAUCACCCCCACCAGCAUCCCCUCCUCACCGUCGUGCUCGUCGGAGGUUCCUCCUGAGUUCGCCGACUACGUGGCCAUCUCGUCGGUUUGCAACGACGAAGCAUCUGAUGGGUGCUCUGACUGCGACGACGCCGAGGUUGAGGCUCUCUACUUCGGCCGCAGGCUGCAGGACCGCCUGCGAGAGGCGAAAGAGUUCAUCAGGAGGUAUAAGCCUGGGGAUUGCAUUGAGGGAGCUGGCGGCACAAAAGCUGGGGAUUAUAUCUUGCCCGAGAUCACUACACUACUUUUAGUGGGCCCUAGAGGUGCGGGCAAGAGCACACUUGUGAACCGAAUUACAAGGGUCUUUGACAAGGAUGAUGUUCCCUUUGCACCAGAUCGAGCGCAGGUGUCACGAAAUUCAAAAUCAAAUGGUACGCUUUUUCUUCAGGAGUACCCAAUUCCGAGGAAUUCGACUGCUAUAUGUAUUUAUGAUACACAGAGCUUAUCAAUCGAUCCACAGAAAAAAUUCAAUAUGCUGCAGCAGUGGAUGACAAAGGGAAUCAGCCAUGGGGAGACAAUGACGUGUUUUAGCAGGGAUACUGAUGAAGGAAAUAAAACUAAGGACAUCAAACCAUUUGGGAGACAAUUCAAUAUUCUUUGUUACAAAACCAGGAAGGUCAACUUUGUUAUAUUUGUUGUUGAUGGUGUUUCUAUCCUUGAGGCAACUGAAAGCAACAAGAAAGGAUACAUUGACAUACUGCGUGAAACAUUUAUGUAUCCAUUUUUAUCAAUUGGAGAUGACAAACCUGUUGUUGUGGUCACACAUGGUGAUUGCCUAUCGAUGCUCCAGCGCGCACAUGUUCAAAACGAGUUAGCAGAAGUAUUUGGCAUUCCUGCCUGUCAAAUUUUUGAUAUACCAGGAUCUGAUGAUUACCAAACUGAUCUGGCUAUAUUGGAUAUGUUACGUUACUGUAUCCAACAUGCUGAGCAGAACUUCCCCAUUAAAUUGAAUUAUCUUUUAGAGGUGCGUGGGCGUGAAACUUUUAAGAACGCAGCAGAGCGGUUGAUGGCCUUAGAUGCAGUAAUCGAAGCCACCAUUAUUUUCCUUUGCAUCAUGAUUCUUCUGAUUCGAGUUUCAGAUAAAUUGCUGCAAUUGUAACUAUGUCCCGCAUUGUAAAUAAGAAAAACAGGGAAGACAUUCCGCCUUCUUCCAAUGCCAUAAUCUGACGAACAUUUGUGCAGCAUAAUGAACCUGUUAUGCUAAUUCCAGUGUCUGGGCCGCCUUUGAACAAGAUCCAACAAUGUGGAAAAGAAAAUGGGUUAGGGGGUGUUUGGAUCAUAGGGGUUAAACUUUAAUCCUAUCUUUUGACACCGAUUA